AUGACUCGAUCUCGUAAAAUAAAGUCUAAUUCCUGGUAUACAAAGCUAGACAAUGCGACUUGUCUCUUAUCCUUCAUUGUUAACCGCCUGCCAGAGGAUGCCAUCGAAGGACCAGAAGCAGUAGACCAGGAUGUGGAGCCAGAUGCUGAUACCAAUCAUAUAGACGACUAUGAUGAUCACCAAAACUAUUUGGAAGAUGAGUGUUGCUUAGACAUCGAACGCGACAAGCAGCAAGCUAUAUCCAAGUUACAAAACAACUUACUUGAUCGGCUGGCAGAGACGCUGGCAAGGUACAAGUCGAAGCCCGGGCAAGGAGGUAAGGAUGCAAAACAUGUUGCCGCUACGAUGAUGAUACCAUUCGAGGAAGAAGAAUGGGUCGAGAUUGUGUGCGCGAAGAAUGAAGGAUUGGAUCGUGCGGAUGAGAUAUUCCUUCAGAAGUGGAAGAAGUGCAUGGAAAGGAUGGCCAUCAAUGGGGUUCCUUCUGAAGAUGAUCAGAUUGCAAUGUUUGACUUGGUGUUUAACCAUCAGAAGCCUCGCGUCGACACGUACAUCUCAUGGCUGAAGCGUGCAUUCGAGCGCACUAUGCCUUCCACUUCGCAGCCUUUUCCGUUCAUGAAUGCCAAUUUCAAAUCUAUUACGGAUGCAUACCCUUUGGCUAGAAGUAGGAGUUGGAUUGAUGCACACGACCUUGUCUAUGACAUCCCUAUCAAUGCGUUUACUGGGGAAGACGAACAGCCUGAAGCGCCUUCAAUCGCGGCGGCACUUACGAACAUUGAUGGCCCUCUCUCACGGAUAAUGGACAAUAUUAACACCCUCUGUGGGUCAAACAAGGUGGAGAGUGCCCGUGAUAAUACAGUGAAAUGUCUUAUGAAAGACGUAUUCGAGCAGUGGCAGGGUAUCCGUACGCGGGCUGCAAUUAGGGCCUACAUCCAAUGCCAGUUAUCAGGCGAUAAGGCGGCGCAAAAAGAUGCACAAAAUGCACUCACUCGCCUUGGCAGAGUUUACAGGUGCAUACAAACAUUUGUACACGCGGCAGAGAAAAUUCCAACUCUGAAAUCGAUCACCAUUACGCCAGUCCGCUACAGACCUCCGAAGAACAAGCCUGGCCAGCCAGGAAGGCCACCAACUCCCAUUGAAGUGGCAAGACACAUGGGAAUUCAAACCAAAGCGAUGACCAAGCAUCUGAGUGACCCUGGAGAGAGAUGGACUAACAUAUGGGACGAGAAGCAAGAUAAAUAUCACUUUCACGCCGAGAUUCAAGCCUUACAGUAUCACGAUGCCCAAUUACCUACCGAUAGGCAGCAACGCGCACAUCCCUACGUCGGCUGCAGUAGGCGAAAUUGCGCAUUCUGCUAUCUGUUCAUCCAGUCCCACCGGAAAUUUGCGGUUCGAGGGACGCACGAAUCAAUCUUGCAUCGCUGGGAUGUUCCACGGUGCGCUUCUUUCGAGCCCGUGAUAGAUCGCCUUCUGGUAACCCUGAAGGAUGUCAUCCAGUACCUGCUUGGACAGGUAUAUCCGAUUCGGGAGCGAGAGCUCCGUGCUCAAUCUUCCAAGGCACUGUCCUCCGCGCAGCUCGUCAUGGAGAAAGAGUAUGCGAACAUGGAGCGAUCGCCGCGUGACUUUCUGUAUUUAGGCAUGGGCCGUUCUGUGAUGGGUGACAGACCGCUGAUCAUCAAAUUGCCCAAAACCCCAGGCUAUGCAGAUGUCAGCUAUGGUACGAAGGAUCCCAGGAGGAGGACGCCAAUGGCAACCAUGACACUCCAAGAUGCGGAAGUGCUUGAGGAGAAUUACCUGCGGUCCAAAGCCGGCCUGGAACAUCGUGGUCAACAACCCCGGCCCACACGCAUCCAGAAUCAUACCAACUGUCGGCAGUGUGGUAAGUCAGCUGGCUACCGCUGCUCUGCAUGUCUGGUUAGGUACUGCUCAAGGUCCUGUCAGCGCAAGAACUGGAUCUUGCACGUAUUUGUUUGCUGUGUUAGCAAUCGGCCAAACGAGGUCGACCGGCUCAGGAUACUCGCUCGGCAGUGGGCUGAAGCAGGGGACCAGGGGGAUGGGAAUGUCCAUUCGCAGAUACUAGAAGGCCUUUUUGCCGAUGAUGACCUGUGCAGGGCAUUUGGGUUUGUUCAUUGCUUGAAUCAACGGGAGGUUGGAAACCUCAUGUGCAUAUACUCUGCGCUCGUCAAAUUCCACCAGCCAAGAUUCAUACAGGGCCUGAUCGAUGAGCUGAAGCUGGGGAAAUACACGGCAGCUUGGGUCCUGGAGCGCAAGUCGUAUGGAGGCGCUUGCAACAGGGAACACCAGUGCUUGUCGUGGUAUACUCGGAGACUCUCGACAGGACUUACCAUCCCAGACUGGGAAUCUCAGUAUCUUUACCAGAUAAUAGCUGUCCAGAUCACUGCAUCGAUGUUCCAGAUUGACGACUGGGAUUUCUUAAAUCGGCCUGAGCAAUUAGUAACUCGGCUCUACACCAUUCUAUUCCGCAGCUUCAACAACAUCCCAACCGAGAUAUCUGCCGAGUGGAUCAAUUUUGGCUUUUGCUACUGCACCGACAGGGCUCAAACUGAGGCGCUGGCAGAUGCUUAUAUUAGCCUAGCAGAGAGUGGAGCGACGCUCGCCGAGAUCGCCGAUACCUGGGAAAAAGAGACUCUCUUGGACUUGAUGGAAACAAAGGGUAUUGACGUGAGCCUACUGCGCAAUAACCAGAUCGCGCUACACAAGCCUCCCCCGGCCGAGUUUGGGGCAUACCGUCUGGUGGCUGAGGUCAAGCACGCGCUCUCUGGCAUGUAUUGUGAAUGCUUCAUUGGGGCCCGCUAUUUCAAGUCCAAGUGCGAGCCCUUUCUCAGCAUGGAGUCAGAAUAUGACUACGGAUUCACAGCAACUAAUGCAUGGGAGCGCUGGCAACUCCUCAGGUUCUACCAUCGCCUGUUCUCCGUCCCUGGCUUCAGUGCGCGUGAGAUGCAGAAGGCAAGACAUAGCCAGGACCCUCAGGCCUUGGAGAAAUACCUGGACUCUCUUGUUCCGGGAUUUCGAUACACUAUUUUAGACGUUCAUCUGGCCGAUGGAACAUUUCCGAGCCUGGGGAAUCGCGUGAGCUUUCGCAAUGGUCUGCCGACAUGUUAUCAUAUUAUCCAUCCUGUGCGUACUCCAGUAGGACUAUAG